AUGACAUCGGCGCAGGCGCCCGUGCAGGUCAAGCCUGCAUCCGAGAUUACCAAGCAGCAAACUCCCAGCAGGAAUGCGGCCGAUGAGACAAAGACGCAUGCGCCUGCGCCCGCGGCGGCUAACAAAAAAGACUACAAGGGGUUUGUGGCGGGUGUGUUUUCGGGCAUUACGAAAUUAAGUGUUGGUCAUCCAUUCGAUACCGUCAAGGUCCGUCUCCAGACCAGCAAAGAUGGACAUUUCAAGGGACCGUUGGAUUGCACUCUGCAGACAGUACAGAAAGAGGGCGUGAGGGGGUUAUACAAGGGUGCUACGCCUCCGCUGGUCGGAUGGAUGGUCAUGGACUCUGUCAUGCUUGGGUCACUGACACUAUACCGACGACUACUACUUGAGAAUGUCUUUUCCCAAUCUCAUCUCCGCCCGUAUAUACCAUUCUGUCGCAGCCAGCCGGAUCCCAACACCCUUCCCUCCUUCGGACAUGGUAUCGCGGGUAUCAUGGCCGGCACAACAGUCAGUUUUAUUGCUGCUCCGGUUGAACAUAUCAAGGCUCGUCUUCAGGUGCAAUAUGCCGCCGACAAGACCAAGCGCAUGUACAGUGGACCGGUCGACUGUCUCCGCAAAAUUCUCAGCACACAUGGAAUCCGCGGCGUAUACCGCGGCCUCUUCGCCACAAUCCUCUUCCGGUCAUUCUUCUUCUUCUGGUGGGGUUCUUACGAUGUCCUCACUCGCUACUUCAAACAAAACACCAACAUGUCUGCCCCAUUGAUCAACUUCUGGGCUGGUGGUAUCUCUGCCCAGAUCUUCUGGCUCACCUCGUACCCCUCAGACGUCGUGAAGCAACGUCUUAUGGUGGACCCCAUGGGCGGUGCACUGAAUGAUGGACAGAGACAUUUCCGCGGAUGGAAGGAUGCUGCCCGGGCUGUCUGGCAAGAGCGCGGCUGGAAGGGAUACUGGCGAGGCUUUGUCCCGUGCUUCCUUCGCGCAUUCCCAGCAAACGCGAUGGCUUUGGUUGCAUUUGAGGGAGUGAUGCGGCUUAACUUCUAA